AUGUCCUUGGCCUUUGGGUGGCAAGCGCCUUUUAAGCGGCUAAAGACCGCACCACAGGUGCAUCAGGAGCUGGGCUCUGCCUUCGCCGCCUGCGAGGAGGAGAUUGAGGAUGAACUCCUCGAGCCCAACCUGACUGCCAACAUCACUGGACAGUUGGAGGAUGCUGAGCUGAAAAGAAAGAGGCUUCGCUCCGAGGGGAGCGUCUUGGCGCAGGCGGAGCGCUAUGCAGAGGCACUGCAGCACUGGGAGGAAGCUUUGCUCUUCACUGAUGAUCCUUGUGAGAAGGCGCCCAUAUUGGAGCUUCUUGGCCAACAGGUCUCCAAUGAGUCUUUCCCCACUACCCAUGGCAGGGCCAAAGUCGGCUUGAGCAUCACCGAGGCAGAUGGCUCAAGUCUUGCUGAUCCUGGAGCGUCCCUUCGAUGCCAUUAG